AUGUCGAUGCCCAACCAGGCCGCAAUAAUCGCAGCGGCAGAGCAGAAACUUGGAGAGGCUCUUUUGCCGCGAUUGGUGCAAAGCCUUUGGCAGUUGCCCUGUGGCUUUGUGGAUGCAGGACUCAAGGUGCUCGCUGCGAAACCAGCAGGACCAAAGGAUACUGCUGGCUUUGUCCCUGCAACUACUGGGGACUCGUUGCUGCAGCUGUGCUGCACAGCCUGCCAACAAAAAGCUUUGUGGACUUUCCUGGAAGCAAUCAAUGGCAUGGCAAACUCUUCCUGCCAGCGAGUAUUGUCGUUGACUGGGCGACGUGGACGGGGCAAGUCCUCAGUAGCCGCGCUGGGUAUGGUGGCUUUGCUCCAACGAAGGAUAUCUGUGGUGGUCACCGGGCCGGGAUCCAACAGUAUUCAAGGCAUGUUCCGCUUUGCUGCCGAUGUCUUGAAGGAGGCCCAGCCAGAACAUGUCCAACUCCGAAGCCUGAUGUCGGGAAGAGCGCGUUUCCUCGAAGCGGAGACAGUGCCAGGAUAUGUGACUGCCUUGUCCUGCGUUGAUGAUGCACCGGUGCUCAUUGUCGACGAGAUGGCAUCGUUAGCAAUUCCUACCCUGCACCAGCUGCUCUCAUCUCGGGCUCCCUUGGUGUUGUUGCUCGGCACUUUAUCAGGGGCAGAAGGCACUGGCGCAGCUGUACAGGAAAAGGUCUUCAAAGAGCUCGGGGCUGAUUCUGCAGAGGCCUGUCACCAUGCCACUUUGCCACCGGGAGUUUCAAAACGACAGUUCGUGAAGCUUUCCCUCCAAGAAGCAGUUCGGUACAAACCUGGGGAUCCUGUGGAGAGCUGGUUGGAUUCUUUGCUUUUCCUUGACAUGCCUUCGCCUCCCACAGAUCCCAAAGCUUACGGCACUGUGGGAGCGGCGCGCCUCAUGGAAAUAGACACAGGCUCCAGCAAUCCACUUCUGGCUUCUGUAAUGGGCCUGUUGCGGGGCCAUUACAGAACUUCACCAAAUGACCUGGCACGCCUUGUCAGCGAUGCUCAUAUUAGGACCUUUGCUUUGGUGGCCAAUGGUGGUCAAGGACCCCCUGCUGUAGCCGUGGUUGCCAUUGAAGAGACGCCUGAGCGGCUUGGGAAAGGCACUGCCAAGGUCCACCAGACUCACUUGCUGGCACAUGGUGUAGAAAAGGAGUAUCGCCAUUUAGCUCUCGCACGGCUUUCGGGCCUGCGACCGUGGCGUGUAGUAGCAGCACCUGCACUUCGUGGAAGAGGAUUUGGGCAGAAGGCUUUGGAGCUGUUGGAGGCACAUGCCAGGGAUGCCUUUACAACAGGGUGUUCAGCGGCAAGAUUUGACUGGCUAGGGGUUUCCUUCGGCCUCACUGCGCAGCUUUUCCGCUUCUGGUCUCGUGCGGGCUACCGUCCGGUCGUCAUGUCAAACACACCAAAUGACCAGACGGGUGAGAUGUCUAUCAAGAUGCUUCUUCCGAUCAGUGCAGCUUUGCAACGGGCAUUGCCAGCGAUUAUGCCACUGUUUGGCACGUCCUUCUACCGAAGGCUGCCAACUUGCUUCCGUCAUUUGGAUCCAAUGCUGGUGGUGGAGAUCUUGGCGCUGUGCCCAGCGGCAAAUUCAGGCACCUGGCAAGCCUCAUCUUUGGAAGCUUCCAAAUUGGAAAAGUUGGCAACAGCCCGCAAGCCAGUUGAAGAAGUUGCACGAAAUUACGAUGUGUUUGCUUGCUUGGCCUCAGCAUAUUUCUUUGGAUGCCUGGCUGGCUUGCGCUUUUCAAAGACAGAAGAAGCUGCCUUGUGUGCCAUUGGCGGGCAGAUGCUGAGUCUCGCAGAGGCUGCAGAACGGUUGGGCCGUGGUGCCCAGCCUGGGGACCGGCAGAAUGAUGUGGCGGCACGUCUGCGGACUGUUGCCAAGGAGAUCUCUUUGCACAUAGGUGCCUUGGACGUUGAGUGCUUGCUCACUAUCGCCCCGCGUGAGCAGGUGCUGCUGGAGCGAAGCCAAGCGCAUUGUGUGGCACAGUUGUGGCUUCCACCCCUUCUGGAGCUGCGCAGCGAGGUACACAUCCACUUACCAAAACCAUAUGACACCGAUUUUGACCAUGACCUUGCAGAAUUGGCGAACUAUGCAACCCAUGACCUGCACGUGCAAGAACCGCACUUCAGCAUGUUGGUGAGUGGCGUGAAGCGCUUUGAGGUGCGCAUGGCCAAGAGACGCUUCAAUUGCAUUGAAGCGAGGAGCUAUUUCCGGCUUCAGCGUGCUUCGCCCCCACAAACAGCCAUGUUGAAAAUUUUGCGGGUAAGCCACUAUGGCUCGGUGGAAGAAGCUUUGACGAUUGAAGGCGUAGACAAAAUACUGCCAGGGACCACAACGUUGGCAGCAGGUCUCAGCACGUUUCAGCAGCUUUAUGGUGCUUCAGACAUGAGCCAAGGUGUUGUAGUUUUCGAGCUUGAGCCAACAGAGAAGGGUGCUCAGGCUCGGCGAGCAACCACGCUGCCCAUUUUGCACAGCACUGCAUCAGUGUCUACGAAGCAGAAGGUGCAGGAACAGCUGCGAGUUCAAGCUGAAUGGCGCUACCCUACCAGCGCCAAGGGAUGUGGGGAACUGAAACUUGAAGCGCGGUGGGACACAUUCCUCGGUGAGGUGAGACCAAGUUGGUGCUUGGAAGCCACCGCCUUUUGUGUUUUGGGUGAGCAGACUUGCUCUUUGCCUUUUGACGAGGAAUUGGAAUUUGUUUUAGACCUGGGAGAUGCAAAACCUCGCUGGAGCCAAGUGAAGGUUUGCUUCACUGUUUGGGAUGAAGUGGUGCUUCGCACCGCCCGAAACGCGUUCUUUGGUCAAACAUGGCUUCCUUCCCUCACAGAGCUUGGAGGGGAACCCCAAACGCUGGAGCUUCCUCUACUGCGAUCAGAGGGUGAGGUCGUUGAGGUUGGUGACCUGUCACUGGAAGCGACUUGGCAAUACCCUGCAGGCCCUGCAUCUGACGAGUCGCAGGGUUGUUUGAGUCUCAGAAGGCUGGCUGUGGGUGGAAUGAAUGGGCCGGCAUACUUGGUCGUGCGGGUGCUACAUCAAAGCAGUCGAGGAAUUGAAGGAUGUGGCACCAGGCACUUAAAUCUCAAUAUUGGUACAAAACCAUCGCAAAUAAAAGCUCAAAAUCCAGCACGGCUGGACAGCAAGACGUGGCCUCCAUUGAAAGUGGUCACACCAAGGCCUCCCAAGAGCCCACUUCGCUUUGUGGUGCCCAGCAGCUUGGUGAAACUUGGCCGACGACUGCGCUUUAUCGGUUUUGAUACUGCCCUUGUGGACAGUAUCUCAGAGGCAUCGGUCACGGCGGAGUCUGAGAAGCGAAAGAUGAUUUUAUUGGAAGGCUCCCGAACGGGAGCGCUCGGCACUGUUUGCACAGUGCCUCGAAGCUCGUUGGAGAUCCAGCUGCAGCACAUCUUGGAUCACUUUGGUAUUUUGCUGGAUCCUGCUUUGAUGGCUUCACGCUGUGCAGAGUGCAACGCUGACAAGUUCCGACUAGCAAGCGCUUGGGAAGCUGCAAGUGAGUUGCAUGCGAGCACAGUGGAGCGCUAUUCAGAGUUCUGGCGCUGCUGCAACUGCCGCAAACUAUAUUGGGAGGGCGGUGCUUGGUGCCGUUCGAUGCGCGCCCUAGGUUCCACGCCCUUGGGGCCUGACACUGGAAAAAGAGCGGACGGCAUGCCAUUUGCAAAAUGGAUAAACUGCCAGGUACAACAGAAUUUCAAAGGUUUUGUUUUGGUUGAGCUGCGUUUGCGAUUUUGCAAUCCUCGUAUUCAAGAGGACCCAAGUCAACAUGUUUGCAAGGUGCUGCCUGCCUUUUUGCAGGCCCCGUAA